GGCGGUGGGGCGCAGGGAGCGUGCGCGCGGCCCGCCCCGGGCGCGGGCGGAGGGGAGAAGGAGGGGCGCGCGCGCGACGGCCAGCCGGCAGAAGCCGGGAGCAACGCAGGAGGCAAGAGCGUCAGCCGGGAGCCGGGGCGAGCCGAUCUGAGUUGUAUCCACUCUGACCAGCACACUCUCUCUCUCAGGACUUUGCAGACGCAGGACUCCAGAGUAAUCAGACUCCUCAAGGAAGUGACUGUGAUUUCCAGUUCCUUGGUGGAGGAGAACAAAACACUCCGGUCUUGCUUCCAAUGAUGCAAGUGUGAUUGCUGGCGUCUUCAUGAGCUCCAGAGGUCACAGCACGCUGCCGCGGACUCUCAUGGCCCCUCGGAUGAUCUCUGAGGGGGACAUAGGAGGCAUUGCUCAGAUCACUUCCUCGCUCUUCCUGGGCAGAGGCAGUAUAGCCUCCAACCGGCACCUCCUCCAGGCUCGGGGCAUCACCUGCAUCGUUAAUGCAACCAUCGAGAUCCCCAAUUUCAACUGGCCCCAGUUUGAGUAUGUUAAAGUGCCUCUGGCUGACAUGCCUCAUGCCCCCAUUGGACUGUACUUCGACACCGUGGCUGACAAGAUCCACAGCGUGAGCAGGAAACACGGGGCCACCUUGGUGCACUGUGCUGCAGGGGUCAGCCGCUCGGCCACGCUCUGCAUCGCAUACCUGAUGAAAUACCACAACGUGUGCCUGCUGGAGGCGUACACCUGGGUGAAAGCCCGGAGGCCCGUCAUCAGGCCCAACGUGGGCUUCUGGAGGCAGCUGAUAGACUACGAACGCCAGCUCUUCGGGAAGUCGACAGUUAAAAUGGUACAGACACCUUAUGGCAUAGUUCCAGACGUUUACGAGAAGGAGUCCCGACACCUGAUGCCUUACUGGGGGAUAUAAGUCACCAAAGCCUGCAUCAGCAGCCCCUCGAGCAGCACCAGCACCUGCCGCACGCGUCUGCUCCCCUCUUCACCUUUCUUUCCAGAUGGUCGACUUCUGGUUCUCCCUGAAGUGCUUUUUCACACUGCGUGUUCACGUCUAUCUUAAGAGAGAAGGGAGGGACGGGAGGAACGUAAGGGGAAUGCUUACAUGGCUACUGACAUUUUUAAAACUAACAUUUUGGAAUAGUGUUUAUGAAAAUCUUUAACUGGCUUUUAAUCAUUUUUAAGGAUUUGAACAGUUUAAUAAACUGGCUCCGCUCUAUCCUCAAUCCCAUGCCUUUUGGCAUCAUGGGAGGAGCUCAGUGCAAAAAUCACUUUGGGCCCCGAUUAACCCUUCAGAUACAAGCUUUGCCCAAGGCUGCCGACCAAACAAAUGCUUAGGGAACAUUGAUACCAGUGUCAGCCUCUACUGGAUCAGCCCUCUUUCCUUUCCCCCUAUCAAUCAUUUAGUGAUUCUGUAAGUUAAAAAAAAAAGCCUUUAUUAUUUAGCUGUUAAUUAUAACGAAAUCUGCAAACACCCUGUUGGAAUCAGUGUGCCCCAGGACUAUACUAGCAUUAUUUUUAAUAAAUAUAUCUGCUUAACAUA